GCAAGACACACUGGUUGGUACAGAGGGGUAUAUACACAGCAGCGUAGAAUAGGUCACAUGUUGUGCGGAUUAUUAUUAGCUAGCCAGGAAAAAGAGAGAGAGAGAGGCCUGAAGCUCAUUGGAAUGAACGAAGGAAAGACUGCAUGCAAUACAAGCACACUGCCAAUGACUCAGUGCUGUGAGUGUGUGUGUUUUCUGUGUCUGUGUGUGUGUGCGAUACUCUCAGGCUCUCUCUCACCACACACAGUGCAUGCAUUGGUAGUAACAGUCUCUGCUCUUCAUUUCAAAUGUGGUGUGAUGUGCAGAGAGGGAACAAGGGGAGGUAAUAUUUCAAAGCAUCUAAACCAGCGUGUCUAAAAAGUGAUCUUCAUGUGAACCCUGUGACAAGAUCAGCCGUGUAACUAACCCAUUGGAUUAUCCCGUCUUCAUCUUAUGUGGAUGCUUGCUUCUUGCCGAUCUGGAAUUAAAUCUUGUGUAACGAGCAUCGGUUGCCUCUUGUUCGCGCCAGCCCGGCCCUGUGUCUCUCUGGAGCGCGAUAGCUAGAGGGCUGGCUCGCUAGCUAACUAGCUAGCUGGCUAUCAACGGGCGGGGAGACUCUGCCGUUGUCGUCGUCGUCAUUUUCACAUCACGGUUCGUCCCGGCUUCAAACUGACUCGCUACCACACCGUGGAUUUAAAUGCGGUGUCGGGAUUGGAAGACAGCAUGGCGGAGAAAGCGUCUCCUCAUAAAAAGGAAAAACAACCGCCAUUAAAAAUGCCGCAGUCAGCCAAAGCUGAGAGCAAGACGUCUCUCAAGAGGAGGCUCUUCAACACUAGUAUCAACGGGGAAGAAGACAAGAAGGCAAGUAAGCCUGCUCCCAAGCGCAAGAAGCCUGGUUCCCAACCCGGUAGCCCCACCCUGCUAGGUACACCUGGAAGGACCAUCCCUCUAUCAGAACGUCAACAGCUUGCUCUUCUUAUGCAGAUGACAGCCAAUGAAGAAAACAGUAAUCCAGUACCAGUCCAAACACCUCAGUCCAAGAACUCCCACAAUCCAACCACACCAAACAGCUCAGGUGGAGUGAAGAAUAAAGUCAACAAGCGCAAUGAGAGGGGAGAGACUGCUCUUCACAUGGCAGCUAUCAAGGGUGAUUCUCAGAUGGCUCUCAAUCUCAUCAACCAAGGAGCGGAGGUCAAUGUCCAGGACUUUGCUGGCUGGACUCCACUCCAUGAAGCGUGCAAUCACGGUUACUAUGAAGUAGCCAAGGUCCUCAUCAAAGCAGGUGCCUCGGUCAACACCAUGGGGCUGGAGGAUGAUACCCCUCUCCACGACGCAGCUGUCAACGGUCAUGUCAAGGUUGUCAAACUUCUCCUGAAGCAUGGUGCCAACCCUCUCCAGGUCAACAAGAGAGGGAAAGCCCCCCUGGACAUCGCCUGCUCCACAGAGAUCCACUCCCUCAUGAGCUUGGAGAUCAUAGCCUCGAGCAGUGACGGCUCUGACCAUGUGGUGAGGUCGCCGUCAUCCCCUGAGAGCAUGGCCUCACCGCACCCCAUCAAUGCGGUCCACAACAACCUCAACAGCAGCAGCAAGGUGGUCAAGAAUGGUACCGAGCUACCUGAAGGUGAGGGUUGUUAUAGAAAAGAUCCAUACGAGUUCACCCAGGACAGCGGGAGCAGUGAGCAGAAGAUCACCAUCCACUGGGCAUCACCUGACAAAUCUGGCAAGGGUGCCAACGUUAUGGAAAUAACAAGAACAAUACCCAAAGUGCGCGACAUCGCAGCGCCCAAUUCUGUGUCGUCGACCACCACCUCAGAGAGCGAUCUCUUCGAUCCCCACUUGACAUCUACGUCGUCCAAGUUGGAAUGUGUUGAGGAGGAGCGAAGGUUACCGAGUCCGUCCAUUUCCACCUCUGUGACUCCUAUGGAGAGAACUAGAGACUCCUUGCCUGUCACGAGAGUGACUUUGACGGAGGUGAAGGAGGACUCAGACAGUUGUAUAAGUGAAACAAACCUCUACAUAUCGGAUGAUUCCAAUAUGGCAGGGGAGACUCACAAAGAGGUUUCAAGUAAAGCUGAUAGUACUACAGUCAAUGAUGGCAUACUCUCAUGGAACUUAAAGAGCAAAUUGAACGAUAACGGACUAUCUGGAAAAGUUGUGUCUUCGCUGAGGAGUGAAAGUGCGAGGGUGUCCUGCAGUGCUCCAAGUCCUCUGACAGACAGGCAGUCGGGUUCUGAUAGCAGAGCAGCGGUGUCUCCGUAUGAUUUCAAUGCCAAUGAGAAUGAAGUGAGAACUAUGGAAACGACCCUUACAAGGCCAGAUCCUGUGUCAAACAGGAAUAGAUUUUCUCCUACGAGAUCCUCACCUUCUUUACAAAGUGCACAUACAGCAUCUUCAAAACAUUCAGAGACGCCAAGAGACGUGUGUGAUUCAUUGUCUGUGCAACAGGAGUCUGUGUCGUCAAAUUGUGUGCAAACUUCAGGGAUUCAUAGUCCAGGUAAGCAGUCCUCGGGGCAUGAGAGUGAGCGCUCAGAACCAGACAGUGAUCAAAGAACAGAAUCGAGGAGGGAAUCCCCCUCACAAAGCAUUCCUGAAUCAAGGGAGAGAAGCGAAUCAGACUCGUCCCACGAAACCAAGCACCACGGACGAGAGAAGUCGAAAAAGCAUAAGGACCGCUCACAUAAAUCCCAUAAAAAGGAACAAAGGCAUCACAGGCAUCAUAGCCACAGUUCAAGGAAAGAAGAAAAGAUGGAUACUACAGAGGAGGCUACUACGUCCACACAGUCUGCUCUAGUUCAGGUUAAAGAGGACUCUAAAACUCAUGAGAAGGUGUCAUCACCACAAGUUGGUGAAGAGACACAAGAACAAUUAUCCAGGAAGUCCCCUGACAGGAAAUCCCCAUUCCCAGCUGUGGCUAGGGAAUACUACAUUGUUUCACCCCCAUCAUCCGGGGAUAAUGCAGGAGAAAUCAAGUCAUUGUUACUACGGAUUAGCAGUGAUGCAUCACAUAAAUCCAAAGAUAAUACAUCAUCUAGUACUUCAUCUGUGUCGUCCACAAGUGCCUCAGGUUCAAAUAUGGGAAAUCACAAGAAUGAUACCAAACCGUUGGGCAAUGUGAAUGAAAGAACUAGUGGGUCAAAUGGGGAAAAUGGCAAUGCUCAAAAGAGUCCCGUAAGCAAGGAGGCAGAGCGCAGGCGCUCUCCAGCCAGAGGAAGCCCUGAUGUGACCUCAUCCAUCAAUGGAACAGUGAGAUCAGGCUCCCCGAAGGGCAUUGAAAAAGCAGCAGAUAAAACUGACAAGACUGAAAAGUGCAGUGAAAGCUCAACCACAUCCUCUACUUGCUCAAACGACGAAAAACAACCUGCAAAAGUAACAAGGACUCUGAGAUCAAACUCGGCAUUAACCAGCAACAGUGAUAGUAAUGGCAAUGAGGAAAAAAAGGAUGACAAGGACAAAGCAACCUUUUCACAGCCGAUGACGCGGAGCCGGCGCAACCAAGUGGAAGCAGCGGCAGCAGCUGCUACAGCGCCGCCAAACGCCAAUGCAUCCAACAAUGAAGAGACACACAUGGACUCACAUCCAAGGAAGCGCAAGAUGGCCCGUCAUCGUCAGAAUCAGCAGAUGGAAGAGGCCCUUCAUGUUUCUUCAGCACCCCAAGAGAAGGUCAACUCCAUCGAGGCUUUCCUCAACAUCAGGCACCAGGUGGCCGAGAGGCAGAAAACACUGAUGGCAUCGGUGCAACCCAAACCACCCAAUGGAUACAAGGAGUACCUCAUGUUCAGGAAGAACUACCUCCUCCAGUCAGACCCUGAUAACAAGAUUGUACAAGUCAUUCCCAGGAUGACAGCACCAGUAAACCUGACCAAUGGACUGCUGGCUCAAUUCUCCGAGCAGGAGAAGAUUCGGCAUGAGCUGCGGCUCAGACACUACAUAGAAAGGGAGAAGCUGAUGUUGGCUGCGGAACAGGACAUUGUGAGAGUCCAUGGACGGGCCGCGAGGGCGCUAGUCAACCAGACCAUCCCUUUCAGUGUUUGCACAGUCCUCAAGGACAUGGAGAUAUACAACAUGCCUGAACCACUGCCUCUGGAAGAUAAGAGUAGCAUCAGGCAGAGGUUCAAUGGACGGCAGUUUAUCUCUUGGCUACAAGACGUGGAUGAGAAAUAUGAGAAGCUGAAGGAGGAGCUGUUACAGCGUCACCAGCACGAGGCAGCUUCACUCUAUGCCAUUCAGAAGCUGGAAUGGGAACUCAAGCUUCAAGAACUCAAGCAAUGGGAUUUCAAGAGCCCUCCUCCGGUCCACUCCAGCCACGUACCCAUCGUAGAGGUCAACAGAGACUUUGACCUGUUGCCUGCGUGACGUCCUUAUCGCUUCACCUAACCAACCAGGGGUGUGUGAGCCGGCCAGUCCGAGGUCUCCAGGUCAUGGCUUUCAAGCAGGCGUACCUUGUCGUGUCUGUAGAAUGUGUUUCUCAGUAUAAGUUCUUGACUGGUCCCCAGACACCUCAUCGACUAUUUGGAGAGAACGGCAGGACGGGUGUACCAUCCUGUCUUACAACGAUAGACAACAGCACCAAUAUGGACAUAUCAACAUCCACGUCACAUCUUUUGGGUCAUUCUAACUGGUUUACCUAGAGUUACUGAACGAAAGGUUGCAUGUCAUCGCACUCUUGCAGAGGCUUGUAUAUGUUUAUUGUGCAGUCAAUUCUUUGAAUCCUAUACGAUGUUUUGACUUUGAUGUCCUGUUAUUGUUGCGGUCAUUGUCCAUCGGAGCAGAACGAUUGGUCCUUCGCAUUCUGACAUCAAGUCCCAGCUUCUUCUUGCUCCUCUUGUAAUACCAGGGGGGUGUUUCACAAAACUUAUCAUCAGUGACAAAUGACAGUUGUUGUUAUAAGCUACUGAAAUCCAUGCUUCUGAUUGGUUAUCAGCAGAUUUGUCACUGAUAUUUGUCAUUUGUCAUUGUAAAAAGGCUUUGUGAAACGGGGACCAGCUUAAAUUGCAUACUACAUGUACCUCAAAGUGUAAUAUUUCCUACCUGGUCUUAGUAGUGCAUUUUAAAAUUGUAAUUGAUAAAUGUGGUUAAGAACAUAAAGCAGCUGACUGUAGAGUUAAAGAAUAAGGUAUGUUUUUUAGUGAGACAACUCCUGUGCAUUACUUGACUUUGUUUCAAAUAUAUUCAUUUGCUUAUUGCCAUGCCAAAAGCUCUAAUACAACAUCUGCAGAGAUUUUGUCUGUCAUUGUGAAUUAAUUCAUGGGGUGAUCUGAUUCCUUAAGAAGUAAUACUACCGGGCAAAUUUUGUAAGUAAUAUGGGAGUAGUGGACCAACAUAUGUCGGCAAUCAAUAAAUAUUUCUUUGCACAUUGUAGUCCUGAUGACGAUAGGCAAGUUACUGGGGACCCACGUGGUAUAAAGCUAUUCAUCUUUUAUUCUUUAGUGGCUUUUUUUUUUGUGUACCGGUAGGUUAUCACAUUAUUGUCAUUUCUGAAACAUUUUAUUGUUGAAACCACUGCUUUCCUCUGCUUUUAAUAGAUAGAACUGCUUUAUGCAAUUCAAGUUUUUGUUGUAAAUGCAUGCAUGAAGACAGAAUUUCUGCGUAUAGGAUCUGUCAGAUAGGCAGUCGUCAUUAUCUGGUCUAAACUCACUCAUACUCACCAUCAUGACAAGUCUUGGUUUGUACCCUGUCUGUACUGAAGACUUUGAGGACGCUAUUUUGAUUUCGUGAAUUCAACCCACUACAGGGUUCCUUGCAUUUUUGCGAGAUGAGUUCUGUUGCCCGGAAGGCACGUUGUAAAUAGAUUUUAUUGAAGAGAGCAGGGAGAAAGUAGGCCUAAAAAGGGAUGUGUCAAAUUUAGCCUCUUGCAGGUAUUGACACAUUUUGACGCAAGCAUGGCUAAAUGCUUCUGUCUUGCAGAUGUUUAUUGAUCAUGGUUUGUACUUAAAACAAAUGAAGUCAAUGGUCUAGGAUUGAGUCAGUACAAAACCAGCAUUGUAAAUAUAUCUCUUGUAUGUACAUAAGGGAAGUGAAGCUGUACAUAUCUUUAUUUUUCAUCACUAACUCGAUCUCCAGUGUGAUUGAAGCGGUCCGGGUAUACCUUAUUGGCCUGUGGCUCAAUCAAAGAGUCCUCUCCGUGAUGAUUGCGGACGGACGGAAGAGAGGAUGCAAGGGAGGAGGAGGAAGAGGAGAGCAUCUAUGCGAAAAUGUGAAAGUCUGUGUUUCUAUAAUAUUGUACUGUCUGUCAUGUAUUCAGUGAUCAGUAGAGGGAGUUUACCACUUGACUUGUCCGAUAUAUUAUUGCCCACUUGUGUAUGGCACAGAAUAUCAUAGUACGAGCAUAACCACAAGAGAGUUCAAACCUAUCAAAUAAGUUAACCCUGUGAAGUAAGAUGCAAUGUGUAUGAAUCCUAAUCCAAUGUAAUACAUCAUUAUAGACAGAGUUGAGAGUGGUAUAGAAUAUCAUUGUGAACAACUUUCACUAUUUCCGAAGAUUAAUGUAGCCCUGUAGCUGCAUUUCAAGUCCACAUGUUUUGCGAACAACCGAUUUAGAGGCUGCACCAUCCACUGUGUUAUAACCAAGGCAAUCAUUAACUCAAUAAUUUUGGAGGUCUUGUGAUAAUGUUUUGAAAAAAGUGAGAGAUAAACAUCGUUUCCAAUUCUAUAAUUUCCAUCUCUAUAUACUACAAAGUAAUUUGUCACUUUGAGAGUUACAAUAAGGGUUAUUAACAGAAUUCAGUGUUAUAAUUGGCAUUGUUGAGUUACUGGGUUGCCUCCCUGCAAUUAACUUGUUCCUGAUUUGAUAUUACUGUCUCCCACUUUAAAAAAAAUUGUUCUGUUUUUUCAUUGUUUCUCAAACAAGCACCAUUUGGUAUGUGUUCUUUAACAUGUUGAAUUUUCUCUUCUGCAAAAGCAAAUUUGAAAGGUUGUUUUUCAUUUUCACUGUCUACCUUGUUACUGAGUUUGACAAUAUUUGAUGUUAAAUUUGAAGUUUAAGAGUGAAUGGUUGUCCUCUGUGUUAACACUAGCAUUUUGUCUGUUUUGUUUGAUAUUGCUUUUGUUCCUAUUAUUAAUUUGGAAGGAUUAAAAAAAUAACAGGUAUCAGAAAAACCUUAACUGUAAUAAGGACAGUUGAAUAAAGUAGAUUUCACAAUACAUUCUUAAGAUCAAUAUCUGAUCUCUGAUAAUCAGCACAUGUUCAUGUAGACCUUUUGUCAGUAUUCUACAAUGAAUAAGCAAAGUAUACACAGAGCGAUUUCAAAUUUUCAGACUAACAGAUGAUGAUUUGAACAUUGGAAAAUAGUUUUUUGAACUGGUUGGGCAUUAUACUGUAGUAUCCCUCAUGUUUUCUUUGUGUUGUCAUGGAAAAUGAAAAACGAUGUGAUGUCUCUUCUCACCUGAAUAACUGAGGACUAAAGAAGAUGAUUUCUUACUGCAUUCUGGUGAUUUUUUUCAUGAUCACUUUUGGUAAACAGAGUCAGCAAACAGCCAACAAUCGUCUCUUACUAUUACUGUUCUUUGUAAACAGUUACAAACUCCUGAGUGUAUUAAUAUCAUUAACAUGCUCAUCAUUGAUUAAUUAACAUGUUAUUAUAUCUAAUACAAAUUGGAAUAAGAGCUUACAUUGUACACAGCUGUCAGAUCUGCUUACCGGUAAUGAUUUGUCUGUGAUGCUAUCCCUACAGCCAUAUUAUACAUGAACUCGUAUAAGGAAUUCUCUCAAAUGUAGAACGACAAAAAUUGGAUAAAUGUGAUCCAUGUUUCUUCAAUAUAUGUACUAGUUCUUUGCACCCAUUUGUGCCUUGGUGUGCAGAUGUAGUCAAUUAUCAAUUUUAAAAAAAAUAUCAGUGGUUAUAUUUGAUGUGUGUAACAAGUUGACUUGUAAAAAAACCCACUGUAUUCUAUUGUUACAUACUGUGAUUACAGUUAAACACUGUAUGGCGGCAGCAAAGUUGAUAAAAAAAAGUUUCUUGUUGAAAAUUUUCUCAUGAAUAAAAUGUAGAAAAAAGUGA